CCAAGUCCCACUGUUGGCUGGAAGGGAACAAAGACCACAGCAUCUGGGAGUUCUUGCAGCAGAUCUCCACGCCAGAAGAGGCUAAUCUACACAAGAAAUGGCUUGUCCACUCUGGUUGUGUGGUCAUGCAGCAUUGGCAGUGGGCCUUGUCUUGUGUGCUGUGGUCCCUUCGGAUGGCGACCCGUGCAGCAACUCCAGGGGCUAUCCAGGUGUGCCUGGCAUCCCGGGGUCUCACGGCAACCCUGGGACAGAUGGCGUGAAAGGAGAGAAAGGGGACCCUGGUGAGAGUGGCCACUGGCUGAGGGGUGCGAGGGGUGACCCGGGUCCUCCAGGUCCGCCAGGGAGGACAGGUCUCUCAGGUGACCCGGGCUUCCUGGGCCUGCAGGGCCCCGAGGGCCCCAAGGGUGAGAAGGGGAGCCCCGCGACGGGAGUCGCCUACUUCUUCUCCCGCAAGAACCCUACGGGGACCCGAUCUUCUGCCAACCAGCCUGUCCGCUUCCCACACAGCUACCUCCCUCAACUGCCCCCCGAGCAGGCGGGGGAGGCGCUGGAAGAUGGCAUCUUCACGUGCAAGAAGCAGGGGGUGUACUUCUUCACCUAUCACGUGACAGGCUCGGGGACGAUCUGCCUGAACAUCGUGAAGAGGGAGGCAGGGAGUGCGGACGGGGAGAACGCUUUGAGCCUGUGCGAUGGCUCGCAGGGCUAUUUAGUGAGCUCGGGGUCAGUGGUGCUGCAACUGAAGGUGGGCGACGAGGUGUUUCUGCAGCCUACAAGAGCCAGCGUCAUUAGCGGGACGGCCUCUGCGGAGAGCACUUUCACCGGCAUUCAGAUUUUCUAACUCGGCAAGAAAGCGUAUUGGGGAAGUGCGGGCGGUGGUUUAGAAGUGCUAAGGCUAAGGCGCAGUACCGUUACAUUGGGGACCCAGGUUCGAUUCCGACCCGAGGUAAUUUCCCAAUCCUUCCCCCCCUCUUCCACUCAUUUCCUGUCACAAACUCUUCACUGUCCUGUCCAAAUAAAGGGAUAAAAUCCGCCCAAAAACUUGAAAAAAUAAAGUGUAUUGAUAGCAAAACCAAUAAAUAACUUGAACCAUUUCUUAUUCUGUUCCAAAAUGUGUUACCAUGUUACCUUGAUGUUUUCUAAAUAAAUGCAACUUUUUUACAUUUUA